UACCGAUUCCUGCCGAGUGAAUUAACUUCCCUUCUCACUGCUUUGCGUCGGCAGACUCACGAAUUUUCGGUUUGGCAAGAGAAGCUCUGUUUACUGCUCCGCGAGUGCAAAGACGGCCGUAAGCCAGAACUGGAAGACUUGCGAGGAUUGCUUGAUUCGCCGUUAGCGCUUGACUACCCACACUGUGAAGUCAGUGAGGAAGCGCGUGAAAUCGUCAGGCAGUGCGACCGUGUUGUGAAUCGUGCAAGGGCAAUCAUGCGCCAGCGUACACAGAUCAGGGAUCAAUUAGGAAUGCGUGAAAGCUUCCCUGUGAUUGAUGAAAGAGACGUGCAAAGCAUCGGGCUGGAUGUCGAUAGUCUACCAUGUUCUGUAUCUGAUUUGAGGAACGAUAUAAUGGUGUUGCUCAAAUGCCAGUGGCUAAAGCGUGCACAUAAACUUUUGAACUGGAAACGAUUGAAAUUAGUAGAUUCGGAUAGUGAAAACAGCGAUGACCACACGAAUGAUGGGAAAGGAAGCGAAAAUUGCACUUUGAAGACUUUUGAUGAUGUAUUGUACAGUAUAAGAAAAUCCUUUAUAAUGAGGAAUUCACCUGCUCACGCCUGUGCUGAAGAACGUCGUGAAGGCAUUCGUUGUUUUUGUCAACGAAUUUGUAAUAUGUUUUAUCUGCGGAAUUCCUAUUACAACAUUUUUGAGAUACUAACUGGUCGCGACGAUUUGGCCGAAUUAAUUGAGGGCAUUCCAAUGCCGCUUAGCCCGUUCAAGGCAUAUUCGAUACGCGAAGAUUGGACAUAUAUUGAAAGUUUCGAGUCCGUGGAACAGCUUAAGAAUCACAUCAGUUCGGUAUUUACUAAGCAGCGCGAACUAAUGGUGGCUUUGCGGACAGCAAACGAUGCGCGUUCGGUUAGUGAGACUUGUCUCUGCGCUGGUCAUACUCAGGCAGAAGCACCAGCAGACAACUGUGCUUUUCUUAGUUGUUUGCUCUGCCACGCCAAAUAUCAUUCAUCAUGUGUGCAGUGGGAAUGGUUCAUGGAGCAUCUUCCUGUCGGCUAUUAUCUUUGUGUACGAUGCCUGCGUAGCCGUCGGCCACUUCUUGAAGAUGUGAAAAGUCUGUGUGAGACUGCUUUGCCAUCAUUGGAACGUGUGCUGGUGGAGUGUGCGUUGAAUCAGACCGAACUGGUCUAUGGAGAGGCCUUGAAAUGCAUCGAGCAGUUCUCUGGUGGUAAUGUCAUUGAUGAUACAGCCCUUUGCAAAAAGAUCGAUGAAUGUCUGAUACCGGUAUUCUGCAAUGAAAUAUUGAAGUCAGAGGCAUGGAAACGGAUCAGCGCUGCAUUAACACAAGUGAAACCGGUCACGGAGAUGAGAAAAAGGCUUUGUGAACAAAUUAGGCAGCGGAUGCCUUUGAUACAGCUUUCUGGCGUUUUGUUUUCUGGUUCCGGUUUUGGUCUUAGCAGACGAUAUCGAAAUCUGAAGCGCGGCUUGAUUAUGUCUGAACAGUCUGCCGGGCGGCAUAUGAAACGAAUUAAACACUUCGGAGAAACAGAAGCUUGCGCUGCUGAUAUCUGCUUGAAGCCUUCUGGUGAGAACGUCCGUUGGAUCCAGUGUGAAGGUAAUUGCUCGCGAUGGUAUCAUUACAUUUGUGUAGGGCAAACCAUGGAUCAGACGCAGUACACUUUUUCUUAUUACUGCUAUCGGUGCUGUACACCAUUCCGGACUCCGUUCGCCAGUUCCGGAAAUAACGCUGGUUGA